UCUCUUUCACUCUCCACCGGAGGAGCCACUGAAGACAACCGCUGCACACCACCUUACAUAUGGAGGCGCCACCCGUAGUACCACCAGCGCCGCCACUAUCCAGCGGCCUCGGUGUAGGUGUUGGAGGGCCCCACAUGAGCUACCCCGAUUCGGUGGACUCCUCGCCGCGGUCCCGCAACACCGACUCCUGGGACGACCCUUUGCCGUCCGUUCCGGGAGCAAAGCUGCGGCUGAUGUGUAGCUACGGCGGACACAUAUUUCCCCGGCCGCACGACAAGUCGCUCUGCUACGUCGGAGGUGAUACUCGGAUCGUGGUCGCCGAUCGGAACUCUACCCUAGCCGACCUCUCCGCCCGACUCUCGAAGAUACUUCUCCAGGGCCGUUCUUUCACCCUCAAGUACCAGCUUCCAAACGAGGACCUUGAUUCCCUCAUCUCCGUCACCACCGAUGAAGACCUCGAAAACAUGAUCGAUGAGUACGAUCGAACCUCCGCCCUUAAACCCUCUCGACUCCGUCUCUUCCUCUUUCCGAACAAGCCGGAGUCGGCGUCGUCGAUCGGAUCCAUUCUGGACAAUUCAACCAAGUCGGACGAUUGGUUUCUCAAUUGCCUCAAUGGUACUAAUCUUAUGACCAGAGGGUUCUCGGAUUCUGCGUCGGUGAAUUGCUUGUUGAGUCUGGAUGAAGAUGCUGUCGCGAAUAAUCUGGAUUCUUCGUCAGCGAGAGACUUGGAGGCUUCUCAGCCAGGAGGUUUUGGUACUUGCAAGACUGUUAAGCAGGGGCAGGAUGUUCAUUCGGUGCCUGAUUCGCCGAUGUUGGAGACGUCUUCAUCGUUUGGGUCCACUUCAUCUUCGCCCUCGCUGGCAAACUUGCCGCCGAUAAGGGUUCAUGUGGAGGAUGGUAGUGGAGGUGGUAGCGUUAGGUUGCAGGAUCAGAAGUUGGGGAUUGAGGAACAGUUCGCCCAGAUGAGUGUUGCUAUGCAGAAGCAAGAUGAGGGUUUUGUUGUUCUGUCUUCUCCAGCUACUGCCGGGGCCGCUGUGCCUGUCAUGGCCGGUGGCGACUACCCUAAUCGGGUUUUCUCCGAUGAUGAGAGAUCAGAUCAAGGGAUGCCGGUGGGUUACCGGAAACCUCCACCGCCGCAGCCGCAGCAACAGCCUCUGCCCCCACAAUCACAGCAGAAAUCAGUUGGUGGCAUUGAUUUGGCCUCCCCAGAUUCAGUUUCAAGUGACAGUAGUAUUCCAAAUGCAAUAUCUCGCCCCAAACCCAUGAUUUAUCAAGAACCAGUCAUUCAAAUUCCUUCUGGAACCAAUAGGGUUUCUUCUAACCCUGUUGAGCAAAAGAUUAAUCUCUUUGAUCCAAACUCCCGGAUUCAUAUGCAACAACCUGUUCAGGAUUCUGGCUAUAUAUUGGCACCCCAAUUUGAUCAGCAGCAACAGCAACAGCAACAGCACCAGCAACAGCAGCAGCAACAGCAGCAGCAACAGCACCAGCAACAGCAACAGCAACAACCCCAACCACAGCCACAAUCACAGCCACAGCCACAAUUCAUUCAUGCUGGCACACAUUACAUCCACCACCAUCCCACAGGGCCACUACAAGUCCCCUCCUUCUACCCAGUGUAUCCUUCCCAGCAGCAACACCAUCACCAUCACCCUCACCAGCUUGAUCCACAGUACCCCAUGUACUUUGUGCCCUCCAGGCAGGCCCAAGCCUACAACUUGUCUAUGCAGCAAUCUAAUUUCAGUGAAGCUGCCACUGGAAUUCCAUCUAGCCGAUCCCAAGCACCUUCUGCUCCUGCCAUGGUCACUUCUCCUGCAGCUUACAACCCCACAAGGAAUGCUCCUCUUCAGAAGCCUGAAAUGGCUGCAGGCAUGUACAGAACAGCAACUGCAGCCGCUCCAUUGGUUCAAGUGCCCUCUAGUCAGCAUCAGCAGCAAUAUGUUGGUUACUCUCAGAUCCAUCACCCAUCACAGUCUAUUGCCCCUCCUUCUGCUGCUACUGCAAAUUAUGCUUAUGAAUUUUCUGAUCCGGCUCAUGCCCAGAUAUUCUAUGCUCAGGCUAUGGCACCCACAUUACCUCAAUACCAGACCAUGACAUCAGCUCCUGCAGUGGUGGUACCAGAAGCAUCUGCUCAGCUUUCCACCGACAACAUCAAGCAGCAGAUCAGAACUUCUCAGCCAUUGUAGGUCAGUUGGGCAAGAACAAACAAUUUUGAAGGAAUGGGUUUGCUUAAGCAUUUAAAGUGUCCAAGUAUCUGUCUUGUUAUUUUUAUUGUUUGUGGCAUGUAUUUGUGAUAGAUAAUAAGGGAACUGAGAGUCUUCCUUUUCUUCUUCUUGUAUGUUAUAUUAUUGCUAUUUAUCAUAGGAAGUGAAAGUGGUCUGAGAACAAUACUGUAAAAGCCCAAACUCAUAUAUUGUGUGUUUGUUCAGUUCAUAUAUCAGUUAAUAAAUGUAAUAUAGGUAGCAAGAGCUUCAAAUUAAAUGUCUGUUUCAGGUGUUUUUCACUUGAUGAAUAAAUAUAAUGAGUAACAAGAACUUCUAGCUGAA